AUGUUCGGGUCUGUCUCCCUGGCUGUGUGCGUGCCACUGCCCGCGCAGCUCAUGCUGCUGGAGUGCAAGGCGGACGGCUCCAUUGCGUACACACACACCUUCUUCCACUUGCACCCCACCGAAAGGGCGGCCGAGGAGGCGGCACGGCCGUUGGAUGCGGCUCCAUCCACCACAGGGCCGACCCCGCCCCCCACAGGGGCGAGUGAGCCUAACGCGGACAGCCCUGAAGCGCCCACAGCUGAUGUAACAUGUGGUAACCAGGCGAGGGGGAUGGAGAGGUAUGCAGCGGUGGCGUGGGUGGUGGACGAGGAGGGGCGAGUGCUGGUGGCGGCGGGCGGCGAGCUGGGUGUGGUGCGCAUCGUCGACUUCCACUCGCGCCGCCCCUUCAAGGUGUGCCAGCCGUGCCGCAUGGUUUGCAUGCAUGCUGGUGGUCAGUCUCUUGAAUCUUCGCAACACGACGCAUGCUCACACAGCUGGUGUGGGAUCGCCAAUUUCCUCCACUCCCCCCCUCCCACCUCUUCCUGCUCACAUGCCUGUUCCCUCGUACCGCCUUCUACUGCUCACGCUCCACCUCCCUCUAUAGCAGUGUCUCUUCCCGUCACUCCUUCUCACCAACACCCCUUCUCACUUGCAUCCCUGCUCGCUGUGCUGCUGCCCCCCAUGCGUGCCCUGCACGGCGUGCCAGGACACGUCGGUGUGGGUGUGGCAUGUGGGCAGCGCCGUGUGCUGCGCCAUCCUCCUGGGCCUCCACCGCACACCCGUGCUCUCCGUGGUGCGCCCACACGGGGGGGGAGGGGAGAGGGGAGGGGGGGGAGUGGGGCGUGGCGCAUGGCAGGGGGGUGGGGCGCAUGGCAGGGGGGUGGGGCGCAUGGCAGGGGGGUGGGGCGCAUGGCAGGGGGGUGGGGCGCAUGGCAGGGGGGUGGGGCGCAUGGCAGGGGGCAGUCAUGCUCCUUUUCCAUUUCCUUGUCUCUGCCUCUUUGUUUUCUCCGUGUCUCGCAUCUGCAUACAUCACUGCUUGGCCCGUUUGACCUGUUUGACCCGUUUGGCCCGUUUGACCUGCAUGAACCGUUUGACCCGUUUGACCUGUUUGACCCGUUUGACCUGCAUGACCCGUUUGAUCUGCAUGACCCGUUUGACCUGCAUGACCCGUUUGACCUGCUUGACCCGUUUGACCUGCUUGACCCGUUUGACCUGCUUGACCCGUUUGACCUGCUUGACCCGUUUGACCUGCUUGACCCGUUUGACCUGCUUGACCCGUGGGGGCAGGGCAGGACAGGUGAGUGGGACUUGGGAGGUGAGUGGGACCUGGGAGGUGAGUGGGACCUGGGAGGUGAGUGGGACCUGGGAGGUGAGUGGGACCUGGGAGGUGAGUGGGACCUGGGAGGUGAGUGGGACCUGGGAGGUGAGUGGGACCUGGGAGGUGAGUGGGACCUGGGAGGUGAGUGGGACCUGGGAGGUGAGUGGGACCUGGGAGGUGAGUGGGACCUGGGAGGUGAGUGGGACCUGGGAGAGCAAAUGCAUCUCAUGCGUGGGGCAGCGGAGUGGACGGGAAGGCCCUCUGACUUCCCCACCAAGCAAGUCGUCCUGCCGGGCUUCGUGGCAGCGAGGGUGCACGCAGCGCCAGUGCAGCAAGGCGCCACGUACGGGAGCCACUUUGUGUCAAUGUGCACGACAGGCGCAGUGCUGCUGUGGCGGUGGACCUUCAUGCCCGGGCUCGACAUAAAGGAGGGCACCUCUCAAACACUCCUCCACCUGCACACGCCUCCGCUCUCUGCUGCCCACCCACCCGCUGUUGACAACUCCACUCACAACGCACCCUCUCGUCCACGCCCCCCGCGCUUCGCCAUGACGGCAGCACGGCGCUUCCUCGCCCUCCGGAGCGGCACGAGUGAAGUGAAGGUCGUGAAAGUGGCCGACCCCUCACACCAGUUCAGCCUGCGCCCACCCACCAAAGCGCCAAUAAUAGCCCUUGCGCUUUCCCAUGAUGCGAGCAUCGUCAUCUGCUGCUGCGCCGAUGGCCAUCUGUACCGCUGGGACGUCAGCCCUCCGCAGGACGACCUCACAACCAUCGUGGAGGUCGUGCCAGACAGCGAGGAUGAGUUCUGA